UUGGCGUCCGUCACGCGACGUCGCCUUCCUCCUCCUCCGCUGCCGCCGCCUGCCGCGGCUGCUGCCGGGUUCGCCUCACGGCUGCUGCCGCUGUGCGCAGCGGCCAUGUGGGGCUCGUUGCUGCUGCUGCUGCAGAGCCUCUCUGUCAUCCCUCUCGCGGCCUCGGAGUUACAGAGGAGCCCUCCCGCGGCUGACGACGAUGUCCGCGCAGACGUGAGGAUGGAGCUGCGUCUGGGAGUGAACCGCGUGGAGCGUCUCUCCGCCAACGAGACGCUGCUGCUGUCCCUGGAGGCGCUGCCCAACUCUGCGAGCUUCGUCACCUUCCAGGCACACAAGCGGGACGGCGGCGUUACCGUCGCCUUCUCCAGGGCCCUCAGGAGAGGAAACUCGUACACUGGCACGGACGCAGGGCUGCUGUUUUCACUUCAUCCCCGGGACAGCCGACUGCUGUGGUACAUGUACACGGGGGCCCAAGCCAACGCCACAGCCAGCCUUCUGGCGCUGGCCUAUUCAGCCAGUGACCCUGUGCCGGGCGGCUGUAACCUGGAGUACGACAUGGAGGUGGACCCCAACCUCCGUCUGAGCUACAACCUCUACGAGACGGUGCUGGAAUUUGCUCCGGCCAACCUCGGUUACCCACGGGGUUCUGCGCCACCAGCCUGCGACCAGGACACGGGCCCCGACUCUCGCUGGCGCCUGCAGUACGACGUCUACCAGACCUUCCUCGACGAGGGCGACCUGGGGGUGGACUCCCUCCUGAGCGCCCUGCGCCGCUUGUCCACCGCCGGCGGCUGCGAGGCGUACGGCUCCAAGAUGCGGACGCUGAGCUCGUCGGAGAAGCCACGCCUGGUGCAGACGUCGUACCCGGGCCAGGGCGUGGCGUACUGCGUGGUGGUGCGCGAUCCCCGGCGCAACACCAGCGCCGCCUACGUGCCCGCCGCCACCUACGCCUGCAGCUUCGCGGCGCGCAGCGACGGCUGCUACCACCUCGGCAAGACUUAUUACAAGGUCCUCAUGGUACUGGCCGGCCUCGUGGGACUCUUCAUGUGUUUCUUCGGACAUCGCUUCUUCAAAACGCAGGUGUUCCUGGACGGUUUCUUGGUGGGCUGCCUUGCGGUGUACGUGGUGGUGACGCGCGUCACCGUGCACACGGCCAUCCACACAAGCAUCCACACCACGGCAGAGCUCGGCGACGAUGCGCGUGUGGCCAUCGCGUGCUCUGCGGGAGUGGUGUGCGGGCUGCUGCUGCUGGCGCUGUGGUGGCGUCUGGGCUUGUGCACCGUGUGCAUCCUCGCCAGCGGCACGCUGCUCGGCUUCCUGCUCACCUCCGCCGCAUUCUUCUCGCCACUCGGCGAUCUCCGGCUCUUCCAAAGUGACGUCAACUUCUGGAUGUGCUUCUCCUGCGGCACGCUCUUCGUGCCCAUCAUGCUGCUGCUGUGCCCCUUCGUGCUGAGCGUGGUGGCGUGCGCCGUGCUGGGCGGCUACGCCGUGGUGCUGGCGAGCGCCGUCUUUGUGCGCUCCUCGCUGCCCUACCUGCUGCUCAACACGGUGCGCCGCGCUGCCCUCAAGGACUACACGCGGGCCUACAACGCGGCGCCCUUCCAGACCAACGACUACGUGCUGGCGUGCGUGUGGACCGCCCUGGCCCUGGCCGGCACGCUGUUCCAGGCGCACCGCGGCUGGAGCCUGCCAACCUUCCCGCCGUGCCCCUACGAGGAGUGGCUCUACCACACGGAGCGGCGCGCCACCAACGUGCUGGACCCCAGCCACCACCGGCCCGGCGCCCGCGAGCGGGCCUGUGCCGCGCUGGCGGCCGCCUGCGCCGCGCUGCGCCGGCCCGGCAAGCGGCGGGAUGACGACGACGACGACGAUGAAGGUGGUGGUGGUGGUGGUGGUUGUGGUGGUGGUGAUUGCGGGGCGGGGGGUGACUACGACGGGCGGCUGGGAAGGGAGCAGCGUGGUGGUGAUGAGCGUACCCCUCUUCUCAUCAACAAAUAAUGAUGAUCGGGGAGGUCGUGGUACCCCCACCGUCUCUGCUGGUGGGAUGAGAUUUUGGUUGUCACUGGUGUGCUCAAGUCGCGUGCGAGGUCUACGUUGUGUGUUGUGUUGUGCGAGGGUGAGUGUGUGGGGUGGUUGGCAUCGUAUGGAGCACAUUGUGGCGCAUCGGCCAGUCAUCUCUGACGAGUCCAACCAUGGCACCUGGGUCUGUCCCGUCACCUCCUGCGUGCGACAUUUCACGUGGCCUUAACGUGCGCAGCCUGGCACGGACGCCUUGGUGAUGUCGGUGCCACUUAGUGGCGAGCGGCGGUUGUUAUUGUGAAGUGUGUGACGGUUGAGGUGUCGUCGCGGUUAGUGCCGCUGCGCUACGAACCCGGCGGCCCGAGUUAGAUUCCCGCUCCCGGCCAACACCGGUGACGAUUAUCUGAACCGAUUCCUGGGCCUCCCCUAGGUCGGCUCUGCCUCAAAUGAGUACCUGGCGCGACGUGUAAACAUCGCCACUGGGGAGACAAAGGCGGCCGGGUGUGGUGCUGGCCACCCACCCCCCUCCUCGUGUGCCACAGCACCGGCCUUCGUCGGUGCCACUACGCGCUAUAACAAGCACUUGCCCCCGCCCUUGUUAAGGCUACACGGGGGAUCUUUGACGUGUGCACAGCACCACCAGUGGCUGCUGCCUCCAUUAUUCAAGUUUACAAUCGCUGGACUUUCCCUUUCGGGGGGGUGGGGGGGGGCUGUAAGUUUCAACAGAAGGUGGUUGGGCUCUGUGUGUGGGGGGGGUGUCAUCACGGUGGCGAGGCGACGUUGACUACCUCGCCUGACAUGCAGGAGGUCGUGGGUUCGAUCCCGACCCUGACGCCCGCUGCUGUGUAUUUGGAGUUUGCGUGUCCUCCCCUUGGUCACGUGGAUUAAUUUUUUCCCCCUUGGGGCUUUCCGAUUUUUUUUCCCCUCCCACAGUUAGCAUCAACAUCGCCACGCCUUUAAGAAUAUUUGGCUGCUGCUAUAAAUUUCCACGUGAUGAUGAUUCCGCUUCAUUUGUGAUGUCAGGUGGUUGCUUCUGAAAAAAGAGGCUGCAUCGGUCGGUGGGGCCUUACCUGGUGAAAUGGUUUAAGUAGUUGGCGCACGAAAGUUUUUUAUUUUAUUUAACUUUUUUUUUGCCCCCGGGCACUGCACGCCACUGCCAACCGGUGGAAGGAAAAUCAUCCCCAGGUCUGGACCUCCUCUAGGUCAACUCGGCCGUAAAAUCAGUUCCCUCCCCCCGGCUGCAGCGUGGAUAAAACCUCUUCACCGGCGAGACCAGGUGUGGUGGUGGUGGUGGUCACCAUGCCCCGGCACGAGCGAGCGGAUCUGGCGUUGAUGGGCGCUGCCCGCCAACAGCACUUGCCCCAGCGGUCUGUGGAGGCCGUCCGCGGGAUCUUUGUCUCCUGCGAGUGCCUGCGAUGGGUGAAGGGUGCUCGCUCACGGAAACUUGGCCCCGACAGUGGCUGUGGUGGCUACGUGGGGGGGGGGGAGAAGGUUUUGUCACCGUGUGUGGUGUGUUCAGUUCUGCACGUGGACAUUUGUGAUGCCGCACGUGCUCGGGUGUAUAUUAUCAAUGUGUGUGUGCGUGUGUUAUUGUCCGCGUGGCUUAAGCACAGCGAGUUGUCACCGUAGGGGGCACAGGUGGUGCAUCGGGCAUUCAUGUCGGUCAGUCGACCCGUGGCACCUGCUGGGUCUGCCCCGUGACCCUGCCAGCGAGCGUUCGACACUUCACGUGGCCUGGCACAAGUGACGUCACCGCCACUUAGUGGCGAACGGCGGUCGUUGUUACUGUCCACGAUUUUUUGCUGGUGAUGUUGAUGAUGAAGUGUCGAGCUCCGAAGCGACGCGAUUGGAUUUCUUGGUGCCCAAGUGGGGAUUGUCUUGUUCACGGAUGCAGGUCACGACUGGGAUGGCGUCUGGGUUGCCAGGGACGGACAGACGCUGCCAUUGUAACGGAGAGCGCUGUUUUUGUUUAUCUGUGCAGCCGCUGCUGAGAAGGUGGGGACAGGUUUUGGUAAAACUUAUUUUGUGUUGUGUAUACAUUGAGAGAGAAAAAAAGUUAUAAUACUAAUGAUGUAAUAAUAAUAAAAAUAUUUUGCUCCAUUUCAAA